AAUGGCUUAUCGGAGACCGUUAAGAUAUACGGAAGCUAUGAUUAGUUGCUGGACGAUCCACGGAUUGAUGCUGUGUACCUGCCUUUGCCAACUAGCCUUCAUGUGCAGUGGGCAGUCUUGGCUGCUCAGAAGAGGAAGCAUUUGCUGAUGGAGAAACCGACGGCUCUUGAUGUGGAGGAGCUUGAUCAGAUAUUGGAUGCCUGUGAAUCCAACGGUUUGCAGUUCAUGGAUGGGACUAUGUGGUAUCAUCACCCAAGAACUGCUAAAAUAAAGGAAUUGGCAUCUGAUCCUCUGCUUUUUGGACAACUCAAAUGGAUCGAAACUCAUGACUAUAUGGCAAAACUUUUCCAUGCAAUUAUCCAGUUUAAUAUCUUAAUUGAUUUUGAUAGGGACAUGUGGGGCUACGUAUCUUUAGGUUGCUUCAAGUAGGUGAACUUUCUGAUA